AUGGCUACUAAAAGAUCUAGAGCUACCUUUGAGGAUGAGAGUCUUCACUCUCCAUACGCUGUUUAUGGUACUCCACUGCCACCAUUUGACCCUGAGGCCCGCGAUGAUGGUUCCUAUGUUCCUGUGUGGAAACAGGAAGUGAGGGAUGACCGGGGCAGGAAACGUCUUCAUGGCGCCUUCACCGGUGGUUUCAGUGCUGGGUAUUUUAAUACAGUCGGCUCGAAAGAAGGAUGGACGCCGUCGACCUUCGUUUCCUCCCGUCGCAAUCGCGCAAAGGAUGCGAAGCAGUCAGCACAACAACAGAGGCCGGAGGAUUUUAUGGACGAGGAGGAUCUGCGCGAAGCGGAAGAAUCGAGAAAACUUCAGACAGCUGGUGACUAUGCCGGUUUCGGUUCGACAGCUACUGAUGCGACGCGGCUGGGUGGUUUAAUGGAUCUUUUCAAGACUGCUGGUGAAACAAUGGGAGUCAAACUGUUGAAAAGAAUGGGUUGGAAAGAGGGGCAAGGAAUCGGCCCGAAAGUGCAGCGCAAAGCAAACCUUGACGACGGCGAUGGUGUGGAGGGUACAACCCACCUUUUUGCGCCGGCAAAUCCUCCUAUGAUAACAUUUAUGAAGAAAAAUGACUAUAAAGGGCUUGGAUUCGAAGGCAAGGCUCGACUUGACUCGCUUACGAGACCGGAAACGGGAACUACCAAGCGCAUAUAUUUGGGUGAAGGGGAAGAUUCUGAUGCUCCAGGCGAACCAAAACUUUCCAUGAAUGGGAACACAUCUCAUAAGCGAAAACAGUCUAAAAAGGGGGGAUUCGGGGUUGGCAUUCUAAACGAUACUGGCUCCGACGAUGAGGACCCCUACGAGAUGGGACCGCAAAUUUCCUAUAAUCGAUUCAUCGACUAUGACAAGAAGGCAAAGAAAGGGUCCAACAAUAUCACAACAGCACCCAGGCCGUCGAUAGGGCUCUCUAAUCCACUCCUGGGCACCAAACCUGUGUUCAUCUCGAAGAAAAGAGCGUCAGCUGAGAAGACAAAAACGGGAUUUAGGAAAUGCCAUGAUGGUCGUCUGCCCCUGGACGGAUUCCUUCAUGGAGUGGAAAUUGCAGGGUUAACCAUCUCGUCACGGGAAAAGAAAUAUGCGCCUCCAGAGAUUCCGAAAAAUUGGAAAUCCACAAAAAUCCCAUCUCAAAAGGCUCCUGUCCCCAAUUAUAUUUCAAACGCUGAAGCCGCAAAGUCAUCACUUGACCCGGCGUCCAGAGCUGCACUGCUGGGCGAAGCCCAGCUACCAGGCAAAUCAAUAUUCGACUACAUGACCCCAGCGGGCCGCGAAAAGAUCGCCAAAGCCACUGGACGAACAGAUCUACCUCCCGCCCUGGGAGAGAAGGGACCGGAAGGUUCCGAACCAACAGAAGCGCAAAAGCAGAAAGACCUAUGGAACCUCGUGCCCAAACUCGACAAAGACGUCGCGAAACAAGCCCUCGAACGCGGGAUAAGUGGCUGGAUGCCCUACGCAGAAGACGAAGCGAAGCGAUCUCGUUACCGCUCAUUCCUCGAAGUCCGCGCCGGCCUCCGCAAUAAACUCCCCGAUCGCGCCUCGGACGCAACAACAGAUAACUGGAUCGCAGAGCUGAAUGAAUUCGCGCGUGCCGCGCAAGUCUUCAAGCCCAUAUCGGGGUUGAUGGCGUCUCGCUUCACAUCCUCUACCGGCACCCAGCCGCAUCCGCAGUCACUACUGCAUCAGACAACGGCAUCGGCAGAGUCGCAACAGGGACGUCUCCUGCGCAGACCUGAUCCGAAACCGAAAGACCCUGCUGAAGAAGCUGCUAAGAUGGGCAUGUACGGACCUCUGACGCGAUCGUCGCUGCCUUUCGCUCCCUUUCGACUGCUUUGUAAACGAUUCAAUGUCAGGCCUCCAGCGAACAUCUUUUUUGAUGCGGCGGACUUACCUGGCGGAGGUGCGGGUCGGACGCCCGCUUCAUCGUCUGGGUCUAAGUUGGAUAUCUUAUCUAAAGAAGCGGUGAGUCGGAUCCUUGUGGAUGCGGCUAAAGGGGUGGAAGGGGCAGUCGGCGCGGGCACGGGUACGGAUGCGAAUGCAGGGACAGGGUUAAUAGCUGGAGAUGGGCAGUGGCAGCAGGCGGUUGAGCAGAGUCCAUCGGAAAGAAAGGAAGUAGUUGUUGAUCCCGAGAGAAAUGAAGCUCUGGAAGCGGAGAGGCCUGGCGAUGCUGUGUUCAAGGCGAUAUUUGGCAGCGACAAUGGCGAGGAUGAAGAUGCCGAUGCGGAUAUAGUUGAUUGA